UUCUCGACGUGACGCGGUAUCCCUACCUAGGGCUCGCUUUGGUGACGUUGUCGCACAGCCCCGCCUUUCCCCGUCUCCAGGGGGACCUCGGCUGCUGGAGGCGGCUCCUCCUCUGUCUUUAUCCAGGCGAAGAUGGCGGCCUUCAGUGUAAACAAGGUCGGGGCUGGCGCGGGGAUGGAUGCUGGCAACAGGCAGAGCCGCGGGUCGGCUGGGCCCGUCGUCAAGGUUCUGGAAUGUGGUGUGUGUGAAGAUGUAUUUUCAUUACAAGGAGACAAAGUUCCCCGACUGCUUUUGUGUGGCCAUACAGUAUGUCAUGACUGUCUCACUCGACUUCCUCUUCAUGGCAGAGCAGUUCGCUGUCCCUUUGAUCGGCAGGUUACUGAGCUAGGAGACUCUGGUGUCUGGGGCUUGAAAAAGAAUUUUGCUUUACUGGAACUCCUCGAGAGACUCCAAAAUGGACUCGGUGGCCAGUGUGGAACAACUGAAGAAGCUAUUGGCCUCUCUGGGGAGUGCAUCAUCCGCUGUGAUGAAGAUGAGACUCAUCUUGCCUCAGUGUACUGCACUGUCUGUGCAACUCACCUGUGCGCAGAGUGCUCGCAGCUUACGCAUUCUACCAAGACGCUAGCAAAACACAGACGUGUGCCCCUUGCUGAUAAACCUCAUGAGAAGACAAUGUGUUCUCAGCACCAGGUGCAUGCCAUUGAAUUCGUGUGCUUGGAAGAAGGCUGUCAAGCCAGCCCCCUUAUGUGUUGCGUCUGCAAAGAAUAUGGAAAGCAUCAGGGUCACAAACACAGUGUUCUGGAACCAGAAGCAGACCAGAUCCGUGCUUCCAUUUUAGACAUGGCACAUUGCAUAAGGACUUUCACAGAGGAGAUCUCAGAUUAUUCUCGGAAACUAGUUGGAAUAGUUCAACAGAUAGAAGGAGGAGAACAGAUAAUUGAAGAUGGUGUUGGGAUGGCCCAUACAGAACAUGUCCCAGGCACUGCAGAGAAUGCCCGCUCAUGUGUCCGAGCCUAUUUUUCUGAUCUUCAUGAAACCCUCUGCCGCCAAGAAGAAAUGGCUCUCAGUGUGGUUGAUGCCCAUGUGCGAGAAAAAUUGAUCUGGCUCAGGCAACAACAAGAAGACAUGACUAUCUUGUUGUCACAGGUUUCAACUGCUUGCCUUCACUGUGAGAAGACAUUGCAGCAGGAUGACUGCAGAGUUGUGUUGGCCAAGCAAGAAAUCACAAGACUUCUGGAAACAUUGCAGAAGCAGCAACAGCAAUUUACAGAGCUUGCAGACGACAUACAACUUGAUGCUAGCAUUCCAGUCACUUUCACAAAGGACAACAGGGUACACAUUGGGCCAAAAAUGGAGAUUCGAGUUGUGACACUGGGAUUAGAUGGUGCUGGCAAAACAACUAUUUUAUUUAAAUUAAAGCAAGAUGAGUUCAUGCAACCUAUUCCAACAAUAGGUUUUAAUGUUGAGACUGUAGAAUAUAAAAAUCUGAAGUUCACUAUUUGGGAUGUAGGAGGUAAACACAAGCUGAGACCUUUAUGGAAACAUUAUUACCUCAACACACAAGCGGUGGUGUUCGUUAUUGAUAGCAGCCACCGAGACAGGGUCAGUGAGGCACACAGCGAACUUGCCAAGCUGUUAACAGAGAAGGAGUUGCGAGAUGCUUUGCUACUGAUCUUUGCCAAUAAGCAGGAUGUGGCAGGGGCACUUUCAGUAGAAGAAAUCACAGAAUUGCUGAGUCUUCACAAACUGUGCUGUGGACGAAACUGGUACAUUCAAGGCUGUGACGCCCGAAGUGGUAUGGGACUCUAUGAAGGACUGGACUGGCUGUCAAGACACCUGGUGGCUGCAGGUGUACUUGAUGUCGCUUAAGUUCCUGUUGAACCAUGACGCUUGAACUUUGGUUAACUUAUUUGUGUGACUUGAGAUGGUUAAACAUGAACUUUGUAUCUAGAGCUGUGUUUCCUAAAGAAAACAACUAACAGUGCUGUUGGAAUGCUUUAGUGGUGUAGUACAGUGAUUGCGUGAUUCCUUUAUGUUUGAAAUUAUGGUAAAUGAAUACAGUGGGUUUGACAGAUUUGCAGGAAAGGUGCCUUGAUUUUUAAAAGAAAUUUCUUUUCGCCUCCCUCCAAUCUCUUAUCACACCAUUAACUUUCAGGAUUUGGCAUUUGACAUGUUUGUUUUCAUGGACAGCCUCACUGAAAUCCAUUUUGUUUUCUAAAUCUGAAAACAUGCAAAGAUGUGUAAAAGUGCGUCUUGGCAUUGUCUCUAUUAAAAACUUGCAGUGAUAAAAUGUAGCAGGAGAUUUCCAAUGCUGAAAAUAAGAAAACCAAACUCAAUACUAAUACUAAUCUUUCAGAUCAUGCUGUGGCUCCUGGUCCCAGAUUGUAAUUUCUGUUGCUUCUUUGUAAUUAAUUCUCUGUGUUUGUGCUAACCACUUGCUAACACACACACCCUUCCUUACUGCUAGAAAGACAUCUAUGGGCAGCUGACACUAAACACUUUUACCACUUUGUGCUUCCUAUUAUGUCUUGGAAAAAUGGUUUCAUGUAUAUUCUUCUUUUGAGGCAUAGGAAUUGUAGAAUAUCUGUAAAUACUACUCUGAAAACAUUGGCAAUGAAAUAUGAACAAAAAAACUCUCACAUUCAGUACAGCAGAACUUCAGGGACAGAUCUUCAUAACAAUGAAAUGUUUCAUGAUUAUGAAAUGUUCAUCGACUCCUUUGGCAUUUGACAGCAAAAUAUUCCCCAUAUGGUAUUUAAUGAAACUCAUUCAGCAGCAGCUGCUGUAUCUGAAUGACUGAUAAAGUGAUGUUGAGAUAUUGCUUUUGACUCAUUUUGUUGUUUGUGGGACAUGGUCAGUUACUUUCUGCACAAAUAAUGGGGUGGACCCAUCUUUUCCAUUCAAUCUUGCCCAUCCUUCCUCCUUACUACAACCCAUGUCUCACAUGGCUUUUAUCCAUGCAGUUCUCAUAAUCUGCAGCAAAACCUUUUUGGGAGUUCAGAAGAAACCCUUCCUCACUUCAUUCAUCAACACAAAAGUUAGUUGCGGUCCCUGCCUUAGGUGAACAUUUAUUAGCAUGAUUAAUAGUCAGUUGAAUUUCUAGCCAGCUUUCCCCCCCUUCAUGCUGUCUCUUCAUCAAAAGCUGCGUGAGUUCAGGAGGUUCAACAACUGUAAUAUGAGAGGAAGCUGGUGUAAUUUUGUAGUUCAAAUGGUAGAAGUGGCAAAGUGCUUUGUUAAGCAAGAUAUACAUAGUAAAGAUGAUUCCUGAACCUGUGGGACCCCAAGGCCUACCUCAGGCUGCCCUGUAGAGUUUCACGCUCUUCUCUGAGGAUAUUGGGGAACCCCAGGCCUAUUCUGCUAUUGGUUUCCUCACCCAUUCUUCCCAAAUAUUUUUGUGAGGAUUGGAUUAUCUUUUCAGCUCCAGAGGGUUGUCUAUUACUUCUUCUCUAGAUUGCCUUCUCUGUUUCUCUAAAUAUUCUCUCCCUCAUAUAAGCCUCUUCGAACAAAGCCCCCCUGUGAUUCCCUGCCCCCAAACUCCUUCAUCUCCCAUUUUGGAGGUUCUUGGAACAAAAAGCACAGUUUUGCAGAAGUGCCAGCUGUAUGACAUGCUGAAGUUCUUCCUGUGUGCUGCCACUAAUGUAAUUGUGUAGGUGACAGAUAAAGAGCCUAGAUUUCAGCUGUCUAAGCUUGUUAGAGAGGAAUAAAAAUAGUCAGACUUGCCCAUCUGUGACACAUGUAUUUCAUGUGAGUUUGCAAAAGGACAUUACUCUAAAUGUGUAGGGUUUUUUUCCUUUAGAGUUUGUUGUGUAGCUUCUGACACCCUUCACUCUUCCUCCUGCCUGCCAAUCUUAUGAUCUUGUUGAGAUUUGAAUUCCUUGUACUUGUUGUUCCUUUUUGUCAAUUUCUGAUGUGACCUGAUGCAUAGCCCCUGGUAAUUAAAUAAAUCUUGGUACUCACCUGAGUUACUGAAUGUAAACACAGCUGCUGUGUUGCAACCAAUUGAAAGUAAUGUAACACAACUGCUGUGUUGCAACCAACUUCAGACUAACACAGAAACUGAAAGUAAGAAAAGAGAACAGUCCAGGGGGUGGAGUUUGCCUCCAACCCAUAAUCAGGUCCCAGUUAACUCUUUACUAUCCAUUUUACUACAUCUUUCCCCCUUUAAGUUUUCUUCUUCUUCUUUAGUAAUCACCCAAAUUACAGUCUUUCAAAUAAUCUGGAGAUCUUCUUGCUGUCACUGGAUAGCUGUGUGUUUCUGCUGCCUCAUUAUCCCUGGGUCUGGAAAGGUCAGUUUCUUUAGAAUCUUCCGUAACCUGGAAGGGGGAAUAGGUUUUGCUCUCACAGAGAGUGAGAAAUAUUGCUUUCUGUCUAGCUGCAUCUGUGAUCUUGUUAGCCAGAAAAUAGUGGCCCAGUCUUCCAAUAUAUUGUUGCCAGUCCUCCUCUUCUAGAUUAAAUUCCCCAGUCUUUCCAUACGAAGCCAUGCUUUGUACCCUUGUCGCCAAUUUUGUGAUCUCACUGUGGUAAUUAAAUAAAUCUUGGUACUUCCAUGAGUUACUGAAUGUAACACAACUGCUUGAUUGCAACCAACUUCAGACUAACACAGAAACUGAAAGUAAGAAAAACCUUUCCGGGGAUGGAAUUUUCCUCCAACCCAUAAUCAGGUCUCAGUUAACCCUUUACUAUUCAUUUUACUACAUAUCCUCUUCUCCUUAAGAGCAUCCAUAAUAUCUUCAGUGCAUCUUGGCAGGAAAGUCAAGAGUCUUGGACAUAAUGAUGUACGUUCUGUGAACACCUCUAUAUAAGAAAUGUACCAUAUUUCCCAGUCACAGUGACUUCACUUCUGUUCUUAAAUUUGUAGUGAGCAUUCCCAAGUUCUACGUGGCUGUGGUUCUGUUUGCUUUUUGUCACAUUUUUGUGUUGUCAGAUAGGUUGUUACAGAGGGGCAGGGAAACUGUAAGGAACGAUACUCAUUUAACUUGCUUAACAGUUCAGCAUGAUCAGGCGCUUGAUCAUCUUUUUGUAUUUUGUCAGUCAAGGCAACAUUUAACAUACAUAAUGACACAAAGAUCCUGCUAGUGCUUUGAUCCAGCCUGUUUGAUUUGUACAUGGCGCUUUGAGGAAAGAAGACAUGUACAUUGACAGGACACAGUAAGAAUGUUAGUUCUGCAUUAUAUACAUGAAUUUCCUAGCAAACCUGCUGGUGUAGGGACUUUAUAGAAAUGGGUUUUUUAAUUGGCUCUCCAUAUUCUAUGUCUUAAAUAAUUGUGAUAUUCAGGAAAGUCAAGAGUUGCUUUUAAUUCCACAUUGGAAGUCUCAUGAGAGCUGCUGUGGAUAGUGUUUCAGUAAUAGUUUCUUCUCAGGCUGUAUUGCCUGCUUGAAACUACUUAUUUCUUCACUCUAUACUACCCCCCUCAAAAGCCCUGAAUAAAUUCUCGCCCACCACAUUGUUGAUUCUGGAGAAUGUAUGAAAAAGCAGCAAUUAUGUGUAUCUUUGGUAUGUAAACGUACACAGAGCAUGUCACCAGCAGCUUUUCAAUAAAUUUGUAAGACCUGAUUAGUCUCCUCAGCAACAACAUUACAAGCGUUUGAAGUGGAUGAAACAUGCUUGCUUUUGUAACCAGCAUUACAUACUGCAAUUUAGAUACUUUAAUGUUUUGGUGGAUGGGAGUGUUCGUGUUCUGUGUAGGCUGAUGUAGAAAAGUUUGGUUUUAUUUUUACUGUCUGAAAGAACUGAGCUAAACGUCUUCUGAAUUUACAGAAUAUUCAGUGUAGAACAGUGAAGUCUUGGAGUGACUUCUGGUAUAUUUUUAUGCAAUGAACAAGGCUUAGAAUAUACAGUGUAAUAAUCACACUCUAUUACAAACUUUCCUUACUGUUUUUUUGUGGGGAGGGGGGGUUUGGAAGAUUUUCUGCAUUAGGUACCAGUCUCACUAGUAGCUGAAUCAUGUUUAGUUACCGUGAGUGGUUUGCUGUCCAAAACAGAAUUAGAGCUUGUUUACCCCAAACUCUUUUCUGCCUCAACUAAUAUCCCACUCGAAAUGUACUGCAAGGUGCUUUAGGUAGAAGGCACAGUUGUGUUUUUGAAAUAAUUUGGGUGGAGGCUUCCUUUAAAGUAAAGAAGGCAGACUUUCACUUCUGCACUAUAUUUAGAACACUAUUAAAAUGCAUGAUAUCACUUGGUAUGCAGCAGUUGGGAAGGCUAAAUGUGAAUUGUCAGCUUGCAAGUGGCUUUAAUUGCUGUAGCUUUGCUGUUUUUGGCACUCUGCUUAUUGUAAAACACUCAAAAUGUUGAUGUAGGGUACUGUGGAGAAAAUACUUGUUUUGGAAAACUUAGUUGUUCUUUAUUCCCAACAUGUCAAGUUCUGCUACAAAAGGUAGUGUGCUUGCAUAAAAGUAUUAUAUAACUGAAAUCAAUUUGAAGUGACUGUGAAAAUAGGUGUUGCAGCCGUUGGAAUUUAAGUAUUACCCAGAAACACUUAGGAGCUUGUUUGUAUUGUAUAUAACUAAUUGUAAAUUUAAAGCUUGUUUAAUAUUUUGUUGCAUUCUAAUUUUGUUUGGUGUACUGAUGUGUGCCAGUUUUAAAGUGUUUUCAACUCCAAUUA